AUGACAGAUAUUAAAAGAAACUUUUCUGAUAUUGCUUCACCAGCAAAUCUAGAUGAUACUAAGAAACUUCACGUAGAUACAACCACAACAACAAAAGUAGGUAGGAAACCAAUAGAAACCGAACCCAAAUCAAAGAGAACAGCUCAAAAUAGAGCUGCUCAAAGAGCAUAUCGUGAACGUAAAGAACGUAAAAUGAAAGAAUUGGAAGAUAAAGUGAGAUUAUUAGAAGAUGCCAAUGUUAGAGCAAUAACUGAAACCGAUUUUUUACGGGCUCAAGUUGACGUGUUGAAAAAUGAAUUGGCUAAAUAUACUGGUGGUAGUGAUUUUCUGGAUUUGAAUUUACCUACUAAAGUUGGUCAUUUAUCACAUCCAAAUAAUCAUCACAGUAAUGUUUCUACAGGUACACCUCAUGGGUCGAUUUCAUCUUCUAAUUCUGUUGCAAGUUUAGAUAAUGAGAAGCCUUCAAGUGCCUCAUCUGUUUCAAACAAUUCGCCUGGUUUUGCUUUUGAUAACCCUUGGUCUAAAGAUAAUUUACAAAAAUUAAAGCAACAACAGAAAGUUCCUCAAGGUGUGCCAGAUUUGGUACUGGGUUCGUCUUCAUCAUCUACUCCUUUGAAUGACAAUUUAUUGGUUACUCCUGAUUCAUUGACUAGCUUGUCAACAUCGAGUAAAUAUACCGGUCAGAAUAAUGUACCAACCAAUUUAGAUUUCACCAAUCAGUUUGAUGAGCAAGUUGAUCCAUUUUGUGUUAAAUUGAAUGAAGCAUGUGGAACCAAAAGUAAUCCAGUGCCCAAGUUUAAACGUUCAACCUCUAAGACAAAUACUUCUACAACAAAUACUUCACCGCUUGCCCAUUUGGUAUCACCAGAAUCGCAACAAUACAACAAUCCUACUAAUGCUGAAUUCAUGAAUGAUCCAUUUUUCAAUGGUAUGGGAGCUGAUUAUAACUUUAAUUUUGAUACCAAAAAUGGAUCCAUUCAAGAUCCUUUAUCAUUUUUACAAGAUGAUAACUUUGAUCUUGCAUUGGCAUUUGGUGAUCCAAGUCCGCCGGGAAACGAAGCAGAAGCAGAUCCAAUUUCAUUAUUAACAACAGAAGAAUCUAUAUAUGAUCCAUUGGCAAACAACAACAAUAACAACAAUACUAAUCAACUUUGUAGUACUGUUAAGACCGAUGAUGUCAAUACUGAUUUUAACUUUAAUGAUUUUGUUAAGAAUUCAUUACCUGAAAAACAAGAGAAAGGUAAAUAUGAACCACCAUCAUCAUCCAAAAUUACCACAAUCGAAGAAGAUGAAGUUGUGCCGGCACCUCCACAAACACUCAAAUGUAGUGAAAUUUGGGAUAGAAUAACAUCACAUCCAAAAUAUACUGAACUCGAUAUUGAUGGGUUAUGUAAUGAGUUGAAAAGUAAAGCAAAAUGUUCGGAAAAGGGAGUAGUGAUAAAUACUGCUGAUGUGAAUCAAUUACUAGAGCGAAGUAUAAAACAAUGA